AUGGUACAGGACCCUAGUCGUGCCCCUGUGAUGAUUCUCAGUAUGCUGCUGGGCUUCGACACUGGUGCAGCAUUUGGUGAAAUCAGUGAUGAAUCAUUGGGAGCCUUGGAAUACGAUUCUCUCGCUGCCUCUCGGCGCGGUAUGACAAUCGAUGAGAUAAAGGGAUUUGGACGUGUGUUUGAAGCGAAGAUGAAUCAAGUCGAUUCUAUUGUUAGCAAGUCCUUGAGACGUUGA